AUGGCAACCAAUCCCCCGCCCCCGCCCCCGCCCCAGCCGGGCGUCGCACUUGACCCACAGGUCUUGGUUGGUUGGCACGACCAGCUACAAACGCGUGCACAUGGCAUCCCUUCCGGCUACACAGUCCACGAUGGUUCACAGAACCCCCGUCAAGACGGUCAAGCUUUCAUCACUGUCUAUGCAGGCGAAAAGUUCUGCCGCUAUGCAUUCAAGACCGACUUUGGUCUUACGAUCUGCCCUACUACCAGAUCUUUCACUCGCGCAGCCCUCCAUCACCACAUCGUUGGACACUUUGAGGCUGAAGAGGGCUUUCGUCCAGCAAUCAAUCCAACUGCUAACACUGGAAGCAAGCCCGACGGCACAAAGAAAGUAGGCAGGGGCGGCCGAAGCAGCAUGAGCGACAAGGUGAAGAUAAGCGGCAAAUCUGUGGCGUCGUCGAGUACUUCUGAUGACAGCGGUUUCACUCAGAAGGACAUCGAGGAACAAGCAAAACAAUGGCGCGAAUACAAGGCACGCUUGGAGGCAGAGCAGCAUUCUAAGCAAGGUAGAGGUGCUGAUCAUACACCCAAGUCUCCUAAGUCGUCGGAGAUCGACCUUGCCAUUCAGGCUGUUCAAGACCUCAAGGACAAGAGAAAGGCAGAAGAGGGCAAGGUUACGGCAUUGAAGACGGACGUAAUCCCUAUUAACGACAGGAUCAAAGAGAUCCAGUCAGAAAUUGAAAGAGUCUCGGCUGCAUGCGACGUCGCCCAACAGGAACAGGACGCUGUGGAUCGCGAGCAUGCUCAGCUUUUUGACGAAGAGGUCUAUGAGAAGGCAGUCGAGAACACCACGAAGGUCGGUGGCCCUUUGCUCAUCCUUAGACCGGAGCUUGAGAUCCGACAGAAGGAGCUGGGAGUUCUUGAGGCAGCGAUUGAACUCGCUCAAAAGGCCGUGGCGGAGCACGCGGUGCAGGUCAAGGGGGCCGAGGAGCAUCUACUUGCUCUCCAGUCCGACAAAUCUCCCAAAUCUCCCAAGGUUGCAGUCACCAAUCCGUCGCUUAAGGGACCUAAGAGACGUCAGGGAUCUAAGGUACAACAGAAGACUACUUCCAAACAGGAAAUGGCCGCGACUGAGGUUUUCGACCAGCCAGCCGUAGUCGAAAAGGGCCUCAAGAAGAACAAGUGUUGCGAGACUUGUGUUCAGGAGUGUGGUCGUAAGCCUAGCCAGCGCUGCGCUGGUGAUCACGAGGAUUGCGCACUGAGCAAGAUCAUGGGAGGCCCAUACACUGUGCCUGGUGAAGAUGUUCCCCACACUAAGGAAGUCUAUAACCACCCAUCCCUCCACGGAUGA